ACAGUCUAAGCAGACUUGAGUGAAGGAGGAUCUUUGCAUUUUUAAGAACCACGACAAAUGUCGAAGUGAGAACCGUGUCCAGUUAAGAAGCUAAGAUCACGUGAAAUAGGGUUUUUUUGUUGGGGGCCGCGUGGAAAGAACAAGAGAAAAAACUGUGAAUCACUAGCCGAAGAUCAAAGAAUGAGCAUGGAGGACUUGAAUAUCAACAAAACAGUUUUUAAUGCUUCUUUUAUAUCGGAUUCAUCUGAGUCUCCAGAGAACUUUCAUCAGUCCCUAGAAGCCAAAGUGCUCCAAGCCACUCUGUGGUCAACUGUGGUAUUUCUGGGAAUUAUUGGCAACAUCUUAGUGUGCGCUGUAAUCCUUGGACUCCCCAAGAUGAAGACAUCUAUGAACUUUUACCUACUGAGCUUGGCCAUCGCAGACUUGGGAGUUUUAACGGUGCUCGUCCCAAUAAAUGUGAUUAGAUACUUCAUCCCAGUUCGUUGGGUGCUAGGAAAAUUUUUUUGUUUGUAUCUAUCUCCUACGCUGGAGAUCUUCUUUGGAGCAUCCAUCUGGUCGAUCACAAUCAUUGCCAUUGAAAGAUAUCGGAAUAUUUGUGGUGCAAACCGCUACAGGAUCAAGAGCAGGUCUCAAAUGAGAACUAAACUGACCGUAUUUGGUGUUUGGCUUGCAUCGUUUUUAGUUGGAAGCGUUCCUGUAUAUCCCGUGAUGGCCUACAAGCCCAACCCACCAACCUGUCACCAAAUAUGGCCCAAUAGAAUGUAUCUGGCUUAUUCUUUAGCUCUUGUUCUGCUUUGGUAUGUUUCCCCUCUUGCUGUCAUCGCAUUUACCUAUCUAAAGAUCAAGAAGCGAAUACGAGAAAGUGUAGUAUUCCGAAACUCGAUGUCGAUUGUGGAUGACGACAAGGCUGUGAUCGUAUCACCGUCUUCACAAAGCAAGAAAAGACAGGACAAGCAAGCUUUGAAUCAAAGCAAUAAAACUAGACGUAUUCUCACACCUUUGGUUAUUUUGUUCGCUGUGACAAUGCUCCCUUUGAACGUUUACCGCACUGCAAUCCUAUUUGCACCAGAGUUUUCGAAAAAUCCUUAUAUUGGCCUGAUCUUUGGCCAAAUCAUAUUGUUCGUUGGAGUCAAUUCAUCUAUUAAUCCAAUAGUGUAUUACAUUGUCAGUAAAGAGUUCAAAGAUGCAUUCAAGAAAAUAUUCCAGAAAUUGAGAAAAAAGGAAUAUUUUUUCAAAACUUUCAGUCUUAGAGGUAGAGAAACAUCCGCCACAUUGGUCAGGGUAAAUAUCGGACUAGAAAAUAAUUGGCCACCAAGCAAAAACCUGGACAGAAACAAUUCUAACUUAGAACUUCUAAAUGCCAAUGUUCAGGUUAUCAGUGGAGUUUGAAAUCAUAUUGGCCCUGUAUGUGACUUUACAUUCCUCAUAUACUCUUAUAUUCCUCUUACUACGAACCGAGUACGAGGUUCCAUAACUUAUAACACUGACCGAGAAAACGAGGUUAGUAAUGUGUUUAUCAAAUUUCUUGGUUCAAAUAGAGUGGGGAGAUUUAAUUCAAACAAACGUUCGAAUUUAGCAGGGUGAACAGUAAAAUACGGCACGCCAAACUGACCAAUCAUAGUGCAUGUACUAACUGAGAGGUAAAAUGCCUUUGUUGAUUCAGUGGCAUCAUGUAACCACAAUACUUAGUGGUUAACAUUGGAAAUCUAUAAUAAGCCUUAAUAAUGUACAUAACAUAUCACUAACUGAUAUUGUAUAACUUGUCCUAUUAAUAUAUCUCUUUUUUGUUCAGCCAGUUGAGGUUACUGAACGUGAUGAUGAUAUAGCGUUGCUUGGAUGCAUGACCGUAGCACGUGAAACAGUAACGCUAAAGCUCGGUAAUUUUAAGAGUGCUAACGACACAACAUAUCAUUAAAAACAAGGAUUAUUGCAA